UGGAAGGAGGAAGUGAGAAACCAUUUGUGGGCCGAUCGACAGGAAGAGAUAUGUUCCACCGGACUCAACACCUGGAAUCCUCACAGACUGUUGACCUGUCAGAUCAUCUGUCUCACAUCUGGCUGCACAUCUGGCUGCACAUCUGGCUGCACAUCUGGACUCGUUGAGUCCCUCCGUGAUGGAUCCUCUGGACUUCCUGGAGCCGGAGGAGCUGCUGCGCUUCUUCCACUGUAACAAAACAGAGAUGUCAUGCAUGAAGAACCCUCACACGUUCCUCCGCCAACUGCGGGACCACGACCUGAUCCCGGAGGACACGUACAAGAAAGUGAUUCGCAGGAGGAAAAAAGAAAUCAUGCAGGCAGCUCUGUAUGACGUUCUGGACUGGGUGGAGCGGGAGAGAUCCCAGCACAUCCACUGGUUCUGGAGAUGUGUUUUCAAAGACACCAUCCUGAACGACUACCCAACCCUGCGACUGCUGCGUAACAGCCUCAUGGACGGAUCUUUCCAAUUUGGGACGCAACUGCCAGAGAAGGAGAAGGAAGAGACAGAUGAAAGGAAAAAGAAGGAGCUCUCUGAAGUCGAGGAGGAAGAGGAGGAGCAGGUGAGCUCAGUGAAAAAGAAGAGGAAGCUGUAUAGGAGGAGCUUGUGCGAGGAUGAUGAUGAGGAGCAGCAGCCCGGUCCUUCCUCUCAGCUGACUCUACGUCGGAGGAAAAAGACAGAGAAAGUGUGUUUCUAUUCUCCGAUAAAGAAAGGAGAGAAAAAGGACAUUUGGACUUGGCCACUUUAUAAGACUCAGCUUCCUGUGACCUGUGGAUCCAAGGAGGGGAGUCUGAGCAGGGAGCGCCUGGCGAAAGGGGAGAAGUGCAUUUUGUUCCAGAAACAGUGGUUUACUCCCAGUGGAUUUGAGAAGUUUGCAGGGAAGGGAAGCUAUAAGAACUGGAAGUCCAGUAUUAAGUGUAUGGGUUCCCCCCUGGCAAGACUUAUAAAGGACGGGCACCUGAAAUCAGCAACAUUCAAAAGACGGGCCAACAGAUCCCUGUUUCCAUCUGAUGGUGCAACCACAGUGUCUGAGGAAGACGAAGACGAAGAAGACGAUGAUGAUGAUGCUGAUGAUGAAAAUGAGGAUGAGGAGGAUGAUCUGGAAAACCAGGAGGACGGGGUUCCUUGUAGCAACAAAGAGAAUUCUACGGACAUCACAGAUGAAGAUGAAGCGACUGAGAACCAGACGGAGCCAGAAGUGAGCAAAGUUUUCAAAGUGACAUGUGGAGGUGAAGCUGGGACUUUACACCAGAAACGAUUUGCAUCAGGGACUCGUGGAAAGUGCAUUCGGACAGAGAGGAGCUGGUUGACCCCCAUAGAGUUUUUAAAGGAGGCAUCAGAUCAACAGAGCAGCUGGAAAAGAGACAUCUUGUGUGAAGGAAAACCACUCUGUGCUCUCAUAAAGGCAGAGGUCUUGGUGAUCCACUACCUGCUGUGUGAGUGCAGUCUGUGCAGCCAAAAUGAAUCAGAUCUGGAGGACCAGAAAAACGACGAUGAGUGCUGUGUGUGUAAAAGAGAGCGAGACCUGGUGAUGUGUGAUUCCUGCCCUUGUUCCUUCCACCAGAAAUGUCACCUCCCACAUGUAGAGGACAACCUUUUGGGGGACAGCAGACCGUGGAUCUGUACGUUCUGUGUAACCACUCAGGACUGGCGGUACGGUGUUAAGCUACAAAUGACAGAAGCCCUCACCCACCAGAUCUCAGGACACAUACUGGAAUGUCAGUAUCUCAUCCUGCGUCUGUUCAGUGCUGAUGACAAACGAAUCUUUGCUUCAGACCCACGCCUCAACUUGGAAAGUAACUCCACGUAUGUCCAGACUCCGAUGUGGCUGGAAAAAGUUAAAGAGAAACUCCAGGGGAUUGAAUAUGGAACGGUUGGAGAUUUUGUGUCUGACGUCAAACUCAUGUUCACCAACUGGGCCAAGUACAACCGGGCUAACCCUGAACUCCUCGCCCUGGGGGACAGACUGCAGCAGUUAUUUGACUCAGAGUUCAAAGUCGUGUUUAACAUCGAUGAACAGAGCGCUGACUGAUGAGCAGGGUUAUGUUUUCAAACUCGGUACUCAGUGGGAAAAAAGGCUUAAAAGUUACAGAGAUGCAGUUUACUUGGAUUCUGUGACUUUUUUUUUACAAAGUAUUAAUUAAAAUAACUCAGGUGUCCAACAUUAUUCAACUAAACCGGAGAAAGCAUUUUGCAGUGUAGAUUGUAUUUUUUAUCAGUGUAAUUAAGGUUUUAGUAAAAUCCUCUCAACUUUACUGUAAUAUGACAAAUGUUUUUUUGAGAUAUCUGGAAUUCCCUGUCACUGUACAUAAUUAAAGCUCUCA